AUGGCCCCCCACAAUGAUGCCCCAUCACCAGCGGGCAGUUAUACGGCUGGCUUCAACAGACUCGCUUUCCGACCAGGCACCUCCUCGAGCCUGAAAAUCGGAAGUCUUGCUUCUGCAGAGUCACAAUCACCUCUAAGCAGUUCAUACGACAGCACCUCGCUUGCAGUGGAUCUUCAUGAAAACCGGCCUCUCAUUCCCGGGGUCUAUGUACCGACCAUGUGCUUCUUUGAGCCUGGUACUGAGAACGUGGACACCAACACAAUUGCGCGUCAUGCAGUGCGACUUGCUCAGGCUGGUGUUACUGGCAUCGCUACGCAGGGGUCGAACGGGGAGGCAGUUCAUCUUACUCACUCCGAACGGCAGCUUGUCACCGCCACUACCCGUCAAGCUCUGAACGACGCUGGGUAUUCUAAGAUGCCCAUCAUCGUUGGAUGCGGUAGUCAGAGCACCCGCGAGACGAUUGAGUAUUGCUCAGAGGCGUGGGCUGCUGGCGGAGACUACGCUCUUGUUCUCCCACCUUCAUACUACGCCGGCCUGUUUGCCCCGUCUUCAAAAACCAUUUUUGAGUACUUCCGCACGGUUGCGGACUCUUCUCCCAUUCCCCUAAUUAUUUACAACUUUCCGGGCGCCGUUGGUGGGCUUGACCUCUCAUCUGACGUUAUUGUUGAACUGUCCCGGCACCCUAAUAUUGUCGGUGUCAAACUGACGUGUGGAAACACGGGCAAACUGAACCGUGUUGCUGCUGCCACGAAAAAGCUGGCGAAGAAUCCCAAUGCGGCUACGCCCGAGUUCCUAGUGCUCGCGGGUUCUGCUGACUUCUCAAUCCAGUCUUUGGUGGCUGGAGGGCAUGGAAUUCUCGCAGGGUUGGCCAAUAUUGCUCCCAAAGCUUGCAUUCGCACGAUCGAACUCUUCCAAGAAGGGAAGCAACAAGAGGCCCAGGAGAUGCAGGAAACCGUAUCACAGGGUGAUUGGACCGCAAUCCAAGGAGGCGUUGUUGGGGUCAAAGCUGGUCUCCAGGCAUGGUUAGGCUACGGAGGAGUUGCGCGAAGCCCAUUGCCAAAACCAACAGCGGAACAGAUGAAGACUUGGAAAGAGGGUUUCAGAGACCUUGUCUUACUCGAGAAGUCUCUCUGA